AUGACUGUACCAUCCAUGUUUACUGACUCAACUUCGCCAUUAUAUAAUGCAAAGCUCAACUCGACAAACAUGCCUCCAACCGCCAUCGAUCUAGGCCUCACCGGCGCCACUGACGACCUCCAAAAGGUUGUCAACAAUCUCAAAAUCAUGUACAGUGAAAUGGUUCACAGUGUCAACAUCGUGGAGGAUUUUAUAGGUAAACCAUACCUAGAAAGGAGCGCCACCGAUCCCGGGCCAGGGUCGUCUGAGCGUGGCUCUCAUGUUGCGGUCCAAGUGUUCGUUGGAGAUCCAAAGCAACCCACUUUUGAAGACAUGGGAAACUUUUACUCGGCGGGUCGAGACCUUCUUUUCUAUUGCCACCAUGCAAAUGUCGAUCGCAUGUGGACAUUGUGGCGAGAGCUAAAAUAA